AUGGAAGCAUCCUCUUUUCUUCCUUGCAAGUGGUGUAUCCACUUGGAGGGGCUUCUGAUCACAGCCUCCUUUUUAACCUGCUGGCACCUGUCUACCACUGCACAAAUAACCAUUGAAUUAGUGCCACCCCAAGUGAUUGAAGGAGAAAAUGUUCUCAUACGUAUUGACAAUCUGCCAGAGAAUCUUGUAACCUUAGCCUGGUUCAGAGGAACAAGGAUUAAGAGCCUGCAAAUUGGACAAUAUACCCUGGCCACUAAUACUACUGUGCUGGGGCCUGGUCACAGUGGUAGAGAGACUUUGUACAGCAAUGGAUCCCUGCAGAUCUACAAUGUCAACCAGGAGGAUAUAGGGUUCUACAGCCUACGAAUCAUAAACAGACAUGCAGAGAUUUUAUCCAUAACAUCCAUAUAUCUCAACGUGUACUCAUCUCUUUGGACAUGUGUGCACCCUUCUCCCUAUACCAAGCUCACCAUUGAAUCAGUGCCACCCAGAACUGCUGAAGGGGAAAAUGUUCUUCUAUGGGUUCAAAAUCUUCCAAAAAAUCUUCUAUCCCUUUUCUGGUACAAAGGGGUGGUUGCAGUGAAGAAAUUUGAGGUUGUCAAAUACAUUAAAGCCACAAAUUCAAGUGUUCCAGGGCCUGCACACAGUGGUCGAGAGACAGUAUACAGCAAUGGAUCUCUGCUGCUCAAGAAGGUCACACAGUAUGAUAGUGGAUUCUAUACUCUACGAACUAUGAGUACAGAUCUGAAAGAUGAAGUAGCACAUGUGCAACUCUACAUGGAUAAUUCCCUUUCUACUUGCUGUCACCAUUUGCAAGUCAAGAUUGAAUCAGUUCCUCAGAAUGUUGCUGUAGGAAAAAGUGUUCUUCUCCUAGUUCAUAAUAUGCCAAAAGACUUUCAAGCAUUUUUCUGGUACAAAUCAGCAUAUAAGAGAGACCAAUUCAAAAUUGCAGAAUACAGCAGAGCAUUGGAUUCCACUAUCUUUGGGAAGGCAUACAGCUUAAGAGAGAUGGUAUACACCAAUGGAUCGCUGCUAAUAGUUGAUGUCAUUGAGGAGGAUGCAGGAUUUUACAUGCUAGAAAUUUUAAGAAAUGACUUCAAAAUUGAAAAAGCCCACAUUCAACUCCAUGCAAAUUGCUUUGUUUCAAACUUCAACGACUCUCCCUCCACUGCACAGCUCAGUAUAGAAUCAGUGCCACCCAGCAUUGCUGAAGGUGAAAGUGUUCUUCUACAGGUCCACAAUCUCCCAAAAAACCUCAUAUCCCUUUUCUGGUACAAAGGGAUGAUUGCAGAGAAGAAAUUUGAGCUAAUCCAACACAUAAUAGCCACAAGUUCAAGUAUCCCAGGGCCUUCAUACAGUGGUCGAGAAACAGUGUACAGCAAUGGAUCCUUGCUGCUCCAGAAGGUCACACAGAAAGAUAGUGGAUUCUAUACUCUACAAACUAUGAGUAUAGAUAUGAAUGAUAAAGUGUCACAUGUGCAACUCCAACUGAACACCUGCUUUGUUUCAAACUUCAACGACUCUCCCUCCACUGCACAGCUCAGUAUAGAAUCAGUGCCACCCAGCAUUGCUGAAGGUGAAAGUGUUCUUCUACAGGUCCACAAUCUCCCAAAAAACCUCAUAUCCCUUUUCUGGUACAAAGGGAUGAUUGCAGAGAAGAAAUUUGAGCUAAUCCAACACAUAAUAGCCACAAGUUCAAGUAUCCCAGGGCCUUCAUACAGUGGUCGAGAAACAGUGUACAGCAAUGGAUCCUUGCUGCUCCAGAAGGUCACACAGAAAGAUAGUGGAUUCUAUACUCUACAAACUAUGAGUACAGAUGUGAAUGAUAAAGUGGCACAUGUGCAACUCCAACUGAACAUCUCCACUUGCUGUAACCUUCUCACCUCUGACCAACUCAGGAUUGAACCUAUGCCUCAGAAUGUUGCUGUGGGGAAAAGUGUUCUUCUUCUCAUUUAUAACGUACCAGAAGACAUUCAGACACUUUUCUGGUACAAAUCGGUGUAUAGGACAGAUAUAUUUAAAAUUGCAGAAUAUAGCAGAGCCAUGGAAUCCACUAUCUGGGGGCUUGCACACAUUGGAAUAGAGAUGUUAUACACAAAUGGAUCCUUGAUGAUCCAGAAUGUCACUGAAAAUGAUGCAGGAUUGUAUAUGUUAGAAAUUUUACACAAGGACUUCAAAAUUGAGAGAGCACAUGCGCAAGUCCAUGUAAAUAACCCUGUUUCAUGGCCCUUUGUGAGAGUCACUGAAACCACAGUCAGAGUCCAGAGCUCAGUGGUCUUCACUUGCUUCUCAGCUGACCCUGGAAUCUCCAUCCAUUGGCUAUUCAAUGAGCAGAGUCUGCAGCUCACAGAGAGGAUGACACUUUCCCCGUCAAAGUGUCAACUCAGCAUAGAUCCUGUCAGGAAGGAGGAUGCUGGAAAGUAUCAAUGUGAGGUCUCCAACCCAGUCAGUUCAAAGACCAGUCUCCCAGUCGGCCUGACUGUGAUAGAAGUGGAAGAGUGA